AUGCUGGCGAAGUUUGCGAGGGUAGCACCCAAAUUUGGGCGUGGAUUCACUUCCGCGGCGAAGGUUUCGUCGAAGGAAAUGAACAUGUGCACGGCCAUAAAUGAUGCGCUACAUAUCGCUAUGGCCGAGGACUCAACAACUACUGUAUUCGGUGAAGACGUAGCUUUCGGCGGCGUCUUCAGAUGCUCGGUUGGUUUACUGGAGCGCUUUGGCGGCGAUCGCGUGUUCAACACCCCUAUUUGUGAGCAGGGUAUUGUGGGAUUCGGUAUAGGCAUGGCAGCCCUUGGAUCUAGGGCGAUCGCAGAAAUACAAUUUGCCGAUUACAUUUUUCCAGCUUUCGACCAAAUUGUCAAUGAGGCUGCUAAAUUCAGGUACAGAUCAGGUGGUAGUUGGGAUGUUGGAAAACUUACCAUACGCUCAACCUGGGGAGCAGUGGGUCAUGGUGGGUUGUAUCAUUCUCAAUCUCCGGAGUCACAAUUUGCGCAUGCUGCUGGGCUAAAGAUUGUUGUGCCAAGAGGUGCGUAUCAAGCAAAAGGGCUAUUGUUAAAGUCUAUAAGGGAUAACAAUCCCGUAAUAUUCUUCGAACCCAAAGCACUCUACAGAGCGGCAGUUGGAGACGUCCCACUGGGAGACUAUGAACUGGAGUUAUCUAAAGCUGACGUUGUGAGAGAGGGGAGCGAUGUGACAAUGGUGGGAUAUGGAAGCUCCGUUGGCCUGAUGCUCAAAGCUGCCGACAUAGCCAAAGAGCAAUUAGGGAUCGAGGUGGAAGUAAUAGACCUACAAACCGUAUUACCGUGGGACGUGGACACUCUAGAUAAGUCGGUAUCAAAGACUGGAAGAUUGAUUAUCACUCAUGAGGCUCCGAAGACCCUGGGUAUGGGAUCUGAAAUCGCAUCAACCAUGGCGGAGAGGCACUUUUUCAAGCUGGAAGCCCCAAUAGAGAGAGUAUGCGGGUACGACACGCCAUUCCCCCUUGCUUUCGAGAAGUUUUACCUUCCCGAUCAAUUCAAAUUAUUGGACGCUGUAAAGCGUGUUUGUCAAGUAUAA